UUUACGCUGCUGACAUCACGCGAUGUUUGAUGUGCUAUGGCGUACCAGGAAGGGGAGUCGCUUGAAUCCUGGCUCAAUAAAGCCACCCAUCCAACAAACCGACAGGAGGACUGGGAGUACAUCAUAGGCUUCUGUGAUCAGAUCAACAAGGAACUGGAAGGUCCUCAGAUAGCUGUCCCGCUGCUCGUCCAUAAAAUCCACUCCCCGCAGGAAUGGGAAGCACUGCAGGCUCUGACAGUAAGACAUUCUCAGACAGGAAGCUUCUUCUCAUCCACUGAAGCAAACACUUUGGAUUCAUCGUCAUGGUUUUGUGUGCAGGUGUUGGAGGCGUGCAUGAAGAACUGCGGGAGAAGGUUUCAUAACGAAGUCGGGAAAUACAGGUUUUUGAACGAGCUGAUCAAAGUUGUGUCUCCAAAGUACAUGGGCGACAGCGCACCUGAGAAGGUGAAGUUGAAGAUCGUGGAGAUGUUGUACAGCUGGACUGUUGCUUUUCCAAACGAAGUAAAGAUCGGUGAAGCCUACCAGACGCUGAGGAGGCAGGGCCUCGUUACGACGGACCCCGAGUUACCGCUGGACAGGACGCUGAUUCCUUCUCCUCCAACCCGACCCAGACACCCGGUGUUUGACAACGAGGACAUGGGCAAGCUGCUUGCUGAGCUCCUGCGAAGUAAGAAUCCAGAGGAUCUCCAGGAAGCCAACAGAUUAAUCAAGAACAUGGUGAAAGAGGAUGAGGCUCGAGUGCAGAAGGUAACAAAGCGAAUACACACACUGGAGGAGGUGAACAUCAACGUGAAGCUGCUGACGGAGAUGCUGACCCACUACAAUAAAGACAGCUCCACAGAAUCAGACAGGGAGAUCAUUAAGGAACUCUACGAGCGCUGUGACAAGCUGAGGCGUUCUGCUUUCAAGAUGGCCACAGAGUCCGAGGACAAUGAUGCUAAUUUAGGUGACAUCCUGCAGGCCAGCGAUGAUCUCUCCAGAGUCAUCAACUCUUACAAGAAGAUAGUGGAAGGGCAGCCGAUCAAUGGUGACAGGGAAGAGCCUGCGUCUACAGCUGGUCAGAGUGAAAGUGACACCACAGACACGCUGAUCGACCUCGCCGGCCUCGACACUCCGAGCCCUCCCCAGCCUGUCCCUCCUCCCUCUUUCUCGAUCCCCAUCCCCAUCUCCAUCAAUCUCACAGACUCCCCCAUCCCGGUCCUCCCCCCUCCUCCCAAACACCUGCUCGGCUCCAUCGGCAGCCAGAACAACAGCCCGAGCCACCCGCCGCUCGACAAGGCCUUCACUGCUCUGUCUCUGCUGGAUGAUGAGCUGCUGUCUUUAGGACUGAACGACCCCCCUACCUCUACCAGCAGCCAGUCAAAGCCUACGUUGAACGAGCUGUCCAAUCAGUGGACUUCCCUGCAGGCUCCGGCUUCAGGUGUGGAUUUCUUUGGGAGUGUUACAUCAUGUUCAGGUCCAGCGGUGCCCCCGCCGCCUGAACCAGCUGCUGCCACACACAGUCUCCAGAACCUGCAGGACCUGGCCAUGCUGGGCUUUUCAGAUCACAAGAGUUUGUCCAGCCACAUGAUGACCAGAGGAAGCAGCUUCGGAUCACCUGCAGCAGUGCCCCCCCUCCUCCCUGUGCAGGGCUGUCCCUCCUCACCCUCUCUCCUGCAGGGUGUAAUGCCUGGCUCUCCCGCUAUGUCGUUCACAAAGGCUCAGAGCCUGAGUUCAGCCCCGGGCAGCCCGCUGUUCCGCUCUCUGUCCCCCUGCCAUCCUCCCCUCCAGGGCAGCCCGGCCAGAGCCAUUGACGUCUCUCUGAGCGGCGUGCACGUCCCUCUGGAGGCCAUCAGACCCAGUAAAGUGCUGCCUGUGACGGCCUAUGAUAAGGACGGUGUUCGAAUGCUCCUGAACUUCGCCUCUGACUGUCCCCCUGGCAGGCCUGACGUGUUGGUGAUGGUGGUGUCCAUGCUCAACACAGCUCCACAGCCUGUUCACAAUGUGGUACUGCAGGCUGCCGUCCCAAAGGCGAUGAAGGUGAAGCUGCAGCCUCCAUCAGGAACAGAACUGGCUCCUUUUAACCCCAUCCUCCCUCCAGCCUCCAUCACACAGAUCAUGUUUCUGGCCAACCCUACAAAGGAGAAGGUUCGUCUGCGCUACAAGCUGGACUUCACACUCGGAGAGCGACCGUGCAACGAGGUCGGAGAGGUCGACCAGUUCCCCCCUCAGGAGAUGUGGGGUCAUCUAUAGCAGCGUGUCGACGGGCAAACAUUCAGCAGGGGACGGAGAGGUUCUUACUUCAUGAAGGGGUGCGUUUGUUGACGUCCAUCCCUGAGAGAAACGAGGGAGAGGUGGGAGAAUCCAGCUGCACUCGACCUUUCAGCUUCACAUUCCUUAUAGAUGUUUGUUUUUCCUUUUACUGGCAGUGAGAAGCUUCUUCUAUUCACAUGACGCGCGUGUGUGUAAUUAUCUGCAGAAAGCUAACACAAUGAAGAUACAUGCCGGGAUGUUUACGGGUCAAUGCAAUGGAGACAAAUAUUCUAAUGGAUUAAAAUGUACUCUAAAUAUGUAACGCAUUAGAGAAGCAUAGCAGAGACUUGUAAGAUAAAAGUGACCUCUCAUUUAAAAUGAACUCACCUUGAAGCUAACAGAGUUUAAGACAGAACAAAUGUGCUUUUAUUUAUUCCUCUAGUUGGAAUAUUAUUAAAAUAUAUACUUGAAUAGAAAUUGAAGAAAGGCCUCUGGUAAUAGUCAAACACUGGAGUAAACGUGGAGACGUCAUUGGUUAUGUAUCAAAGUGAAGUCACAAUGCUCGUUGCGGCAGAAACAUAUUUGACUUUUUAUCGAUUUAUUACUUCGAUUUAUUUUGAUUCCUUUUGGAUGAGGUAACCAAUGUUGAAUUUUGUUGUAAAGUACGGAAGCCCUUAGGGGACAAACUCACCGUAACAUCCGGUCUAUAAGACGCACUUUUAAUGCCUUUUUUUUUUUUUAAAUCUAAAAAGUUGGCUGCGUCCUACAUACCAGUGCGACGAAUAACCCAGUACAACAUGUUGACAAAUGUGCUAUCAUUACAGACAGUGCGGCCGUCACCAUCACAUGCUGGCUGCAUGCCACCUCAAAUGUUUGAAAAUUCAUCCCCAUUUAUUGCUGCGUUCAAGCUGUAGGGAUACACAGCGACACAUAGCAGUGUGCCAGGCGCCACUUUUUUACCAUCUUUUCUCCCUGAUGAGAUCAUCAUUCAUUUAGAGAUGGUCUAUUGUUCAGUACAUGAACCUUGUGUAGUCCUCAAUUAAAGUCAGCGAGUGACCAUGGAAGGUGGGCAGCGCGACUCGUGGGCCGUCAGAGCUCAGCUACCGUACUGUAGCUCGUAGGAGUUCAAACUGCACAAAGCAGAAAAAAAGAUGGUACUAAAGAGCGACAGAGCUGCACAGAAACUUGUUGUACGUUGUGGACUUUGCUGAGCGCAGUGGAAAACAUCACACAAUAAGAAAGUUUAAACCUGUUCUUUCUGGGAGAACCCAAAAACAGACUGCGCCUGUAAACUUCUGUGACUUAUAAUCCGGAUAUUACGGUUUUUCACAAUUUGUGACUGUUUUCUUCUGAUCUCGUUUCUCAUAUGUCAUAACCCCGAGAAAACAAUGUUGGUCUUUAUCUCAAACUAAUGCGACGAAUAAGUCGAGAUUUGAGCAAACAGCCAAGUCGUCACUGGAAAACAGUCAAAUCUAAUAUAAGGAUGAAUGUCCUCUCAGGGCUUCUGUAGAAAAGAAAACCAACUGCACUUACUAUUGUUUUUAUCCAACAUAUGCCGUUAUGACUUCAGCUGCUGAGUUGAACUAGUUUUAUUUCAUUGGAUUUUUAUUCUUGAAGUAAAUCAAGGCAGAUUUAUUUCUAGCAGUUGGUAUCCAUGUUUUUAUUUGUAUUUUAAGACGUUCACUCUUCUAACAGUGUCAGUAUUUGUCUCUUAUUUAUUUUCUGUUAGUAUUUCAGUGCAUCACUGAAUCUUGAAAAUGUGAACGGAGAAAUCUGAGAUUUUUAAGUUGAAUGCUUGAAAGGGAAAACUGUGAGCAGACGUCGGACUUUGCAGUGUGUCGCGGCGGGAUGGAGCAGAUCUGUGCUGUGAGGACGCUAAACAUAAAAUCAGUCCUCCUGAUCGUCCCUUAAAAUCUCUUCUCUCGUCGUCUUUGAUCCGUGGUGAUGUGGGCUGUAAAUGUACAUAGUAUGUAAUGUACCUAUCGCCCGUUGUGACAAGUCAUGUGAACUUGUGGCGUGUGGAUUUGGGGAGAGUGUACAUACUGUAAGAUGUUCCAUCAUGUGUUUGCUGCAUGAAAGAAUAAAUGGUUCUGUAAAUGGA